ACGUUCAUAAGUAGCUUGUAUAAAAUCUCUUAGUCAGUGUAUUAAAUUAUCUUUAGACUGACAGCGCCCAAGUGGCGAACCAGUCUUCCCGCUUUCUCUUAAAUAAAGCUCUACACAAACAAACAAACGUGAAAGUUCCAGCAAAAAUAUAUAUCUCAUUCAGAAUGAAAUAUACAACUUCUUUUAGUCGUUUGAUAGUGCAGUUAGCUAAAGAAGAUUAAUAUAUAUUUUUGCCUGAAAUUUUACGUCGAAAGGCUAAGCAUGGAAGAAAUUAUGUGAUAUUUGUUUUGACUACGAAGGCUAAGAAUGGUUCGAUUUCUUUAAAGCUUGUUGAAGUUUGAUGAUAUGCAAUUUUCAAAAUAUCGACAAUUUGGGAUCGAGUUUCGAACGUAAAACCUGGCUUAUGCAGUAUAUACCUACGAUUCUCCAGGAUGGCCAGAGGAUAUUAUUAAGAGCUUACAUAAAUAAUUUCCAUCUUAACUUCCGUAUUAUCACCGAGUUAUAAAAAUAAAUAAUGAGCGGGGGUAAAAACAGCACCCCGAGAGCGUUGAAACUUAAUAGAUAGUUACUUCGAAGUUUUAGAACAAUACUUGUUGCACGUCCCCUAUCCAGAAUAACAUUUUAGUUUGGAUUGUUCGAAAAAACCCGAAAAAGAGUUGGUUAACAGUUUUUCUAAGUCAUAAACCGCAUUCCUUUUUCCGCUUUUUAUUGCCAUUGAUUUUUGUCAAAUUCUAAGAAAUUAUCUAAUAUAAACUGCUGCUGCAUGAGUUUCGGCUAUAAGUUUCGAGAUUAAAAAAUGAUUCUUUACUAACGUCCAACGGUUCUGACUUGUAAAAUUCGAUCGAAACGAUAAAACAGAGCAAAGAUAUGCUUUUGCAGUAUUAAUUCUCCAUGGUAAAUCGUUGGCUUUCGAAAUUCUUUGGUCUCUAUCUCUCUAUCCGGAUUCAGCUGGAUCGCCUUCCUUCUUCCCACUAAAAAUAUCGGACGUUCUAGAUGAGCGGCUUCGAAUACAUUUAUAUACAAUGCAAUUUAAUAGCGGACCGAGUCUGUAUAAAAUAUUAAAUGAAACAUUACGAGCCGAAAAUCGCGACAAUUUGAAAGCUUGGUUUUUAUUUUUAAAACUAUUUUUAUCUGCAUUAGAGAAAUUACCAUCAGUAGCACAACCAGUUUAUCGUGGGGUUAAAGAUGUAGAUCUAAGUGAUAAAUAUAUUAAUGGUGAAAAGUUUAUUUGGUGGGUUGUUAGCUCUUGCACGUUAAAUAUAGAAGUUUUACAAUCAGAACAAUUUUUAGGUAAAUUUGGAAAACGAACAUUGUUUUCAAUUGAUAGUAAAAAUAGUAAAUCGAUUAUAGCUCAUUCAUACUAUAAAAAGCUUGAAAAAGAAGUGAUACUUGUGCCCGGUACUUAUCUUGAAGUUGUUGGUAAAAUAGAUGCUAAUAAUGGUUUACACAUUAUUCAAUUAAAAGAAAUUGAACCACCGAUUAAAUUUGUUAAACCAGCAAAUAAAAUUCAGAUGGCAGAAUCAACGCAAUUAAUACAAAAUAUGAAACUAAUGGAGAAAAACCUAGUACAGGGGUAUAUGGCUUUAGAAAGAAAACUUAACGAAAAAGUACAAGAUGUUCAAAAUGAUUUUAAUCAACAUAUUGAUGAACUAGCAAGUACAAUAUUAAGCAAGAGACCACAACCUGGUGAAUGGGAUUAUGAAAAUAAAAAACGGCGUUACAUUCAACUAUUAGCUUCAUUAUCAAGUGAAAUUUUGAAAAAUCCAAGCUGGUCUUCCAGAGAUCCUCUGGAAAACUGGCUUAGGAAAUGCUGCCGCAAAUGGGUCUCUGUCGCACUUUCAUCGAAAGAUAUUCAAAAAAUGGCCAUCGGCACUGUAUUUUGGGAUGGAUAG